CACAAAUAUAAUUUAUGUUAAGGAAAUUGGUUCGAUUCUAAUUUUGUACUAUAUAAGAUCAAAUAAAAAAGCAAUAGAAUUCUUAUAGCAAUAUAACAGAUAAGAUUAUAUAAUAUGUUGGGAGAGAUUUACAUAAAAUUCCAUCACAUCCUUUAGGUAUAAUAAAGAAUAGAAUCUAAACAUUUUUUGAAAAUGAUGCAAUAACAGAGAAGCAAAGUAAAUAUCCUUUAAAGUACAAAAUAAUUGAUAAUUUGUCUCCAAUCGUUUCAGUAAAGUAGGUAGCUAUAUAAAAAUUAAAGAUAGAAUUUUGAUUCAUUAUUAGUACCAUCUGAUCAUCCAAGUAGAAAAAAGAGUGAUACUUAUUACAUUAAUGAAAAUUAAUUGUUAAGAUGUCAUACUUCAGCUCAUUAAGUAGAAUUAAUAGAAAAGAAUAUUGAUGCUUUUGUUGUAGUAGGUGAUGUAUAUAGAAGAGAUGAAAUCGAUGCAACACAUUAUCCAGUAUUCCAUUAAGUAGAGAUAGUUAGAAUAUUUUAAUAAGAUUAAUUCUCAUCUAAAUAUUUGUAACAUUAAAUUCAAGAAUCAAUGGAUGAUUUAAAAGAGACUUUAGAAAGAUUAACAAGACAUUUAUUUGGUGAUGUAUAAAUGAGAUGGGUUGAAACAACAUUUCCAUUUACUAAUCCAUCAAUGGAACUUGAAAUCUAUUUUUAAGAUAAAUGGUUAGAAGUACUUGGUUGUGGUGUUAUUCAUUAAGAUUUAAUGAAAAAUUGUUAAGUAUAUAUUUAUAUCAAUAUCAGAGAUUAACUGAAGUUGGAUGGGCUGCUGGUUUAGGAUUAGAAAGAUUAGCUUUACUUUUAUUCUAAAUACCUGAUAUACGUCUAUUUUGGUCAUAAGAUCCAAGAUUUCUUGAUCAAUUUAAAUCUGGUUAAAUUAAUAAAUUUUAACCAUUCAGCAAAUAUCCAAGUUGUUAUAAAGAUGUUUCUUUUUAUGUUGAUCAUAAAACAUGGGAAGAAAAUGAUUUACAUUCUAUUAUAAGGGAUAUUGGAGGAGAUUUAAUUGAAAAAGUAGAAUGUGUUGAUACAUUUUACAAUAAAAAAAAAGAUCUUACAAGCAAAUGCUAUAGAAUUCAUUAUAGAAGUUUAGAAAGAACACUUUAAAAUGAAGAAAUAGAUAUUUUAUAAUUUAAAAUUAGGGAUUAAAUUAAAGAUCUUUUAAAACUAGAGUUAAGAUGA